AUGGACGCAAAGCAACACGGCAGCGUGAAGUGGUUUAACAGCAACAAGGGCUUCGGCUACAUCGCACAAGAUCACGGCGGCGACGAUGUCCGUUUCCACUUCUCGGUGAUCCAGGGCGGCGGUCCUCAAGGCCUGGAUGAGGACCAGAGGGUCUCCUAUCAUGUUAGAAAUGGGCCAAAAGGCCUGAUGGCUACAGAGGUCGUUCCCCUGGGACCGUCUGACGAGCUGGGAGAUACGGAUCAUGCAUGUUACUUGACACCGUGCUCAAGCCUCCGAAUCAGGAUACCUCCCCAGCUUAAACAACCGCUUCGCAUUCUCCCUGCCCACCAUGCUAUACCCGUCCCUCCCCAAAGCCUCCGUCAAGGCCUCCUCAUCGCCAUCAAACCAGCCCGCCCCCAUCGGAAUCGUCUCAUACGGCGUAUCAACACUAAACAUGAUCCUCUCAGGGCCCAGAUAACUCGCAACAUACCGAACCGUAGCCGUCGAGAAGUGCCCACUCGUCGUCACCCAGAUAUUCUUCUUAAAGUAAUAAUAAAUGUCCCGCUGACACAUGACAUCCCCGUUCUUCCUCGCAAGCGGACGCUCCACAUCCUGCAGCCAGUGAUUGAUCCGCCAAAAGUCAAACGGGACAUGCUCGCCCAGAUGGCCAACAAUCACCUUCAGCCCAGGGAACCGAUCAAACACCCCGUUCGUGACCAGGCCCAGCAAAUGCAGCGACACGUCGUUCGCAAAGCUCAGCGGCGGCCCGACCAGGUACUUCCGCUGUGCGUACAUCUGCGCCUGGUACCGGCCGCUCGGGGCAGACGGGUGCAGGUACACGGGGACAUCGAGCUCCACGCACUUCGCCCAGAAGGGAUCGUACCGCGGCUGGUCGUAGAAGAGGUAUGUUUCGCCGGAGGCGCCAGCGUGCUGGUAGUUGUUCAGCAGGGCGCCGUGGAAGCCGAGACGCGUGACGCAGCGCUCGAGUUCGUCGGCGGCCUGGGACGGGUCGUGCAUGCUCAGCGCGGCGAAUGCGCCGACGCGAUCGCGGUGGUGUCUGAUCUCGGCUGCGAUCUAGUCGUUUACUUCUUUCGCGCGGGACUCCGCGGCUGCUUGCGAGGGGAUCCCUUGGAUGCCCGGCACGGUGUGCGAGUAGAUGGUGUAUCCGAUGCCGUGGGCUGUGGCUUGCUGCAGGCGCUCGCCCAGUGGGUUCUUGAUGUGGUCGAGGUAGCGGUUCAGGUCGUCGGGGGCGAUGAAGAGGGCGGCUUGGUCGCGGCUGGAGUCCGCUUGGCUGGGGAGCUCGAAGGCUUCUUCGAAGUUGACUUUGCCGCGCAUGCUGAGGGUGUGAUGCUAUUACUCUUGACUCGGGGAUGCUCUAUUCAGCGAAGAGAUCCUGUAUUCAUGGGUUGA